AAAUUUAUUACACUAUCGAAAAUUUUAUAUUCAUUAGUAAAUUAUUGGAGAGGCAAAAAAAACAACAAUUAUCUCUCGAGGAAAAUUUAUCCAAUUUUGUCAAAAGGACAAAAUUGUCUCUCUCUUUUUUAACGAUACACCAGCCAUCUGGUGAUGAGAAAUUCAACAAGACCUGCAACAUUUUCUCUCUCCAAUAAGUUUAACCUAUAAACUGAUAUGGUCUUAUGGUUAAUAAUCAUAAAUAACAAUUCCCGUUGAUAUCGUAGAAUAACUAUUAUGGGAAUGGUGAAUGUCACAAAGGGAAUUUUAGUUGAGUGUGAUGCAGCUAUGAAACAAUUUCUCCUUCACUUGGACGAGACUUUUGCCCUGGGAAGAAAAUUUAUAAUUCAGGAUCUCGACGAAAAACAUCUCUUCAUAUCAGCUGAUAUUCUGGAGACUCUGCAAGCUAAAGUUGAUGAUCUCAUGGAUCAGAUAUCGUUUCCACUCGCUGACAAGGGAUUGUGAAUUGUUUUAAACUUGAAGG